AUGAGCAUCGCGGGCCUCUCCCACUGUCCCCCGCGCGACAACAACGGCAACUUCCUGAGCGAGGGCCUCGCGACGACGUUUGGCGGCACGACGACGUCAAAGUGCUCCUAUGAUACGCCGCAGGGCACGGAGGAGUGCACGUAUUCCAACGACGCGUAUACUUCGGGCCCGAGCAGCUGCCCCGGGGCCAGCACCACAACAAAGGCAGCCGCCGGCGCGCAGCAACCACAGCCAACUCAGCCAAAUACCCACACGAGUACAACUGUGAAGCCUGAGACGCCGCCUCCGACCACAACUCCUACCGAUACCGCGCCGGCCCCGCCACCCCCGAGUCCGGCCUCCACGCACGUGCCACAUCCGUCGCCACAGCCCUCCGCAUCUUCCUCGCACGCAUCGUCGUCCAUCUCCCCCGCGUCGACGGCAUCACGUUCUCUAUUUUCACCCUCCCCGCCCUCUGCUGCCGCCGCGGACAGCCGUGUUCCGGCUGAAACCUCAACGGCCCCACCGCCAUCUGCCGAUCUAUCACGGGGUGCGAUCGGCGGGAUCAUCGCCGGGGCGCUGCUUUUCCUCCUCCUUGCGCUCCUACUCGCCUGCUGCCUGCUUCGCCGCCGACAUCGCCGGCGUGUGCACACCCGAGCUGAGACGCCCACGCCCUUCAGUAGUGUCUCCUCUCUCAGAGGGCGGUAUCAGCAUCAUGAUCACGAUGCUCCACCCGGCGUAUCGCUGAUCGAGCACGAGCUGCAGCUGCGGGCGGUGCGCAAGGCGCUUGAGACGGCACAUGGGCGGGAGAGCGGGCAUAUCGCGGAGAACGACCUCCUGCGCGACCGCGUCAGGGAGCUCGAGGACGCGCUGCUGUAUCGCACUGGCACGCGUGAUGGGCGGCGCACCGAGCUUCGCGACGUUGAUGUGCAGCCGCCGAUGUACACGCCAGCUGCAGCUUGA